GACCACUAAAUAGCUGCAACUAGCACCUUAUCUCUUAGCACUCUUUCACAACUUUCUUGUUAGCAAGAAAGAGAUUAUAAUAGUGCAAAAAGACCGUUAAACCUCACCAGCAUGCGACUAUUGUUGCUAGUGUUGGCUGUACAGCUGCUACUGUGUGCAGUCAGUGGAGAACUGAACAGAAAUCAGAAGCAAAUACUACUGGACCUGACUAACAUUUACAGAGCCAGCAAUGUCCAAACUGCAGUUAGAUUAUUGGAAUGGAGCAGUGUCCAGGAGCAGAGAGCCAGUGCCUAUGUGAAGGACUGUGAUGCAGAGAAGCCUCCUGCUGGAGUUAUACAGUUCUAUAACACCUCCAGCCAAUCCAAAGACGAUGAAACUCGUUUAACAAACAUCUUUGAGCAAGAAUGGGGGAACAAGGAAGCAAACGAAGCAAACAGUAACCAACUUCUGUUUCGUAAUGCCAAGUCCAUUGGUUGUGCUGAAAUGUUCUGUGAGCGGCUGCCAUUUGCUGCUGAUCGAUUCACCCCCUCAGCCUCAUUUAUAGCUUGUGCGUUCGAUACUACCUUCUUUGGUGGGCUGAAAGAGAUCACACAAACCAUCUGCUCUGACAAAGACGGUACUAGCAACUGCCCCGAAGAUGCAAAAAACUGUUUCAGCAUAACAUCUCAGCAUACUCAAGUGGUUUUGAGUUCCAUUGAUGUAUCAAGUAUUUGUUCACAAACCAUGCAUUUCCCCCUUGUCCCCUCCGGUCCUACGGUCACACCCCCACCCGCCACCACUAGACGAGUGUCUGGUAUCACACCAAGGUUCGGCAGCACUGCUGGAGGUCAGGAAAUCACUCUUAGCGGAGAAGGGUUCAGUGGUAGUAAUCUUAUGGGCUCUAAUGAGGUGUACUUUACCCGAGGCUCUGAGAGAAUCCCGUGUGACGUGAGGGACUACUCGUCAUCCUCCAUCAAGAUUGUCUGCAUCACUAGAGCCUCCACUGUAACUCGUGCAACGGCCGCAGUUAACACUUACAACGUCGAGGUGUAUGUCACACUUGAUGGUGUCCGGGAGCAAGUUACCGACUUCUGCACAAGCUGCACCUAUGUGUACCACUACUAUUCUCUGACCCCCAUCAUCCAAAACUUCAUCCCCUUUGCCGCCACCUUUGAUGAGACCGUGACAACCUACGGCAAACUCUACGCUAACUCGUUUGCUGACGUCUCAGAUUCUGAUUCAGAUGAGGCAAAAUUUGACCACUUUUCUCGUCUGCUCGUUGGAGGCAUGCCUUGUGACCAUAAUCCCCUCGACAACACCACUAACUACACUAUGACCCUGGAUGACAAUGGACAGUACGGGAGUGUUGAGUGCAGACCCACCUCAGGGUACAAUGUCGGGGCUAAGAAUGUGACUAUCUUCCUGGAGGACAGAGGAGCUUCGGCAAUCGAUGAUUCUUACAACCUCCUCAACUACGACAACAAGUUCCAGCCCUACCACUUUGUAUUGCACGCAGAUAUCUUGGAUGUCAGCCCUCGUGGUGGUAGCAGGGCAGGGGGCACCAGGAUCUCCGUCACACUCAACAUGCCACUCAGGGAAGAUGACCUCGAGACACUCGUCGUGAACGUGGGAGGUACUCGCUGUACUGACCUUACAUUGUUGAGUAGCUAUGACAACUCGUCAGUGAUACAAUGCACCACUGGACCUGAACCAUCACCCACUGCCUACUACCCUGGUGGGCGUGGCUGGCAGCGAGAGCUCUGGACUGAUGGAGGUAUCUCACUCAGUAGAAUUGUUAAUCGUGCAAAAAGUGACAGAAUAGCCUUUCACGAGCGAGCUUUCCUGCACUCCGCCUUCGUGUCUGAUUUUGGCGAGCUUAAUAACAUCAACCAUCGCUUUACUGGCUUCUUUGUCCCACCUGUAACGAGCUUGUACACGUUUGGUAUCCGCUCGGACGAUGCCAGUGCCUUCUAUCUCAGCAACGACUCGAGGAGUGAGAAUCUUCCCAUCGAAGCAACAUCUCUUUCUCAAGCUUACUCAAGAAACUCAUGGACGUUCUAUCCUCAGCAAACUUCAGAGCCUGUCCUUCUAGAGGGAGGAAAGUAUUACUAUUUCAAGAUGGUUGGUAAUCAAGGUACUGGUCCCUGGGAAAUAGCCCUUGGAGCUAAAGUCCACAACCUCAGCUACAACGCUCGGCCCUACAUUGGAGACAAUGAAGAGCAGCUGGUGGCCAUAUCCUCCACUGUGGUCAAGGAGGAAAAUACUGUCAGUGUGGAGGCCCGUCCUCUGGUUCAAACACUCACUCUCACCGACCCCAACACGCCCGCCGAUAACUGCACCGUAUUCUGUCCUAUUCCACUCUCUCUUGGCUCUACUGACUUCCCCAUCUCACGAGAUAUGACGUCCGAGGCUUUGGAAGAGCUGCUCAAUGGCAUGCAGAACCUCGUAGGUACUGUCAAAGUGUACAAAGAUUUCUAUGACAGUGAUCAGUUUGCGGCUGUGAAUGCUCGCGAUGUCAAGUUCACCAUUGUCUACUUGACCACGGCAAGUGAUGUCCCAAUGCUGAGUCUCAAUAUUGAUUCAGCCAUGAUCACUUGUGAUCACACUAACACGACCACUGACGCAGUAUGCGGUGACUACAACAUCGUCCCAUCAAUUGAUACCACUCAAGAACUGAACGUCCCUAGCGAUUUCACGCUCGGCUUUACCCCCUCAAACCAGCCCCCCAGAUAUACGCAAUCGCUACCCCUCGACGCUACAGAGGACACUAUCCACUCUGAGAUCAGUGACUUGUUUGGUUGGGGUUGUGAUAGCAAUAUUGACGAUUUGAUCGCCCAAAACAGAGUGUUUUAUUCGAGCAGCCUUGAAGCAAGCAGCCAAUCAAACAGAGAUAACGGCACAUCUUUCUGUGGCCACUAUUCUGAGCGUAACCCUGGUAGUGUGUGGAGGAGCACUUACUCCGGCUUUAACAGCGAACCUUUCAACCCAGAUCAAUAUCGAUAUCUGUGCUUUGCCUAUAGUGGGAUUCCACCCAGCUUCAGAGUGAUCCACUCCUACACAAACGUCAUCACCAUGACAGUAGAGGGCAACAGUGUACCAGUACAGUUUGCUGACAAUAAAGUGAACGUCAACAGCAGAAUCAAUGAAUGUCUAUUCUCUGGCCCAUUGGCUGAGGACGGAUGGACCGCGUAUCAGUGUGUCGAUGUGAGGGAGUGUCUACAAACAAAAUACCCGGACAGUAGGGACCACAGAAUUAGCAGAGUGUACUUCAACUAUAACGCUAAUUUCUGGGUUGACGAUUUUGCGAUUUCUAGCAGUGAGAUCAGCGCUGCGAGGACUCAACAACCUGUCAGGCCCAAUGAUGUCAGUGUCCUGUACGUAGAAGUUGCUAAGGCCAUGCUCACUCAGCCGGAACUGAUUGUGAUGGACAGGACUGUGGGUGGGAAUGGGGGUGCAAUGGAACUGGAACGAGACUUCUCUCUCCUCCUCUCCACCGUGACUGUCACCUACACUGUACGCGACUGUGGGAAUGGAUUGGAGCCACUUGUUGGUUACUAUGGCAACAAAGACGCAAUGCAGAGCAUAUCUGUUGAACAGACUGCCAUCGGCUCUCUGCCUGUGAACGGGACCUUUGACCUCAAAUUUAUGGACGAGGUGAUUGCGGGCAUACCAUUCGACGUUGAUGCGGCUACGAUGAAAAUGUUGCUCGAAGCUAUCUUAAAAAAUGAGGGAGGGUUUGAAGUCGAACGAAAUGGACUUUGCUCUGGAUAUAACUGGAAUAUACGCUGGGCCACUAAAGGUGGGGACCUCCCGUUGAUUGAACCUGAUUGGACGAACUUGAAGGGAGACGACACCAUGAUCACCGUGACAACACUGGUUGACGGUGGUACUUGGUUGAGGCCAAUUGGAGGAGAAAUGCUCCGACUACCAAUGGACGAACCUCAGAUUGAGGUGAUUAUCGAUGGUACUCCAUCUUCCUGUCGCUCUGGUAACUGCUCGUUCACGUACGAAAGCAAUGCUACGCCCACUCUCAAUUCUGUCUACCCCGUCGAAGGCCAGGGCGGCAAUGAGAUUACCAUUUAUGGAAGUGGCUUCUGUGACGAUAUUUCUGAAAUUUCCGUAACUGUUGGAAAAUCGAGUUGUUCUAUUGUAUCAGCGAAUGCUACUCAAAUCACUUGUACCCUCGCCAACCAUCCUGCCGGCUAUUACGAUAUUUCAGUUCUAAUUGAAGGAAAGGGCAUGUCUGUCUCCUCGAAUGUAUCCUGUUUCCGCUAUCUCCUCACCGUGGACAGUGUGUCCCCUGUGAGUGGUGGUGUGGGCGGGGGAAGUCCCCUCACGAUCACUGGCAAUGGCUUCAUGGACUACACUCCACUGUCAUCUGAUAAUUUGGGUGAACCCUUCUCUUUUUUGCCGUGGUUCAAGUACGGUCUCGGAGUGCCCUCACAAGAAUCGGCCCGUGGUCUUAGACUGUGUCCACUUUACAGACAGAUGCUUCUCAACGACUACAAUGCUUCGGAGAUCAUGGAAAGCAUGGAAAAUUUUGCGGCACAGCGUAGAAUGAAUCAAACACAAACAAUGAUGAUGAUGUCAGAUAUAUUUGUCGAAGGAGAAUUUGCGUAUGACAUCUUUAUGAAUCAUCUUCUCAACCUUUAUAACCGUCAGCCCUCGAGCGUGUUGAUCAACGAGGUACCAUGUAUCAUCACUGAGAGUACAGUACUACAGCUCAUCUGUGUGCCUCUACCCACCAUCCUCCCCAAGGCUGCCAACAUCACUGUCUCUGUGCUAUCUGAAACUGCCACUCUUCUAUCCUCGUACGAGACGUCGCUAUCGGCAACACCGCUAAUUACAGGGACAUCCCCGCUCGUUGGAGCAGUCACUGGUGGUACUAUGAUCACGAUUAGUGGACGCAAUUUCGGUGCUUCAAGCAGUGCAGAUGUGAGCGUUACUAUUAGAGAUAGCGUGUGCAAUGUGCAGUUUGUGAAUGACACUGUUAUUGAAUGUAUUACGAGUGGUAGCAGGCCGAGCUACGCAGCUGUGCUUGUGAAGACACCGAACGGAGUGGCUGUAUUAGAAUCUGCAUAUCCCGAGAUGGCAUCUGGUGAUGAUGGAAUGGGAAUAGGAAUGGGAAUGGAACACGAGAUGGUUCUGUUUCCCAUAUUCCGAUACAAACUGAUAGUGUAUGCAGACAGUGCCGUUGCUAUUAGCGGGUCUGUAUUCGGAGGGUCCGAGGUCACGAUCCAGGGAGGUAUAUUUGCUCCAGGCCAGACCCAAGUGUUUGUCGGAAGAAAAAUGGCGGAAAUUGUCGAGGUUACUAUGGAUACAAUCACAUUCCAAACGCCUUCAUCUUCCACCACCCACUACAUUGAACUGAUGAGAUCUCAAUUCAGAGCAUCUGGUGGAAUAGUGACUGUUGACUUCUCCUGGAGCACUAACGAACUCGAAGUUCAAAUCGGAGACACAAUUAUUUGGAAACUGUCAGCGGGUGUUCGAGAACUGGCCAGUUUUGAGUAUGCUGAUGUAUCUCUGCCGCUCAGUCCCAACGCUCAAACAACGUCACGUCUCAUGUUUGAGGAUGAAGAGUCAUCUUUGUUCCAAGUUACAUUCGAUAUAAUCGGCAGCUUUGCACUAACCGGACUAACUAAUCAACAGCUUGAUCUACCCGAGUUCCCCGUGAAUGUGACUGGGCCUCGAGCGAGCUAUAACACCAUCGAGGUGUCCGUGGGUGAUGACGUUGCUAUAGUGAUCGAUAGAAAUACGACCGAUCGUCGUAAGCGAGCGGCUGCUUGUGUCACAGAAGAGGCUCCUGAAACUAGCGGACUGUUUGUUGAAUACUCGCCCUGUCUCACACCCUCUGUGACCAAUGUGGAACCAAGUACCGGAUUCAGACUUGUAACCGAAUUCACUAUCACAGGAUAUCUAUUCAGUACGAUCCCUUCAAAUAACGAAGUAACAUUCGGUGGCUAUGCCUGCACUCCCAUCACCAGCAAUGAAACGACCAUCACAUGCAUCAUGAGUGACCCCUCCAGUAUGCCCCCCACCUUCACCAGUCUACCAGUGUCAGUCAAUGUAGCCAGCCUCGGUGAAGCUUAUGUUGUGAAUACUGAAGACAUUAUUCUACAAUCGUACAUCACUGAAAUUAGCCCAGCUUACGGCUCACUAAAGGGAGGCAAUGAUGUGUCUAUCGCUGGAGAUGGUUUUCCCACCGAUGUUAGCGUGACUGUGUAUAUGGGUAGUCAACCUUGCACUGUGAACUCUGUCAGCUAUGACCUCAUAACAUGUAGCACUGUCGCUGACCUUGACUCGGAUCUAGAAGUGCUCUUGUCAGUAUCCAUCUCUCUAGACGGCACAGAUGUGAUGCAAAUGUCGAACUGUAUGAUCGCUGAUGGUUGCAACUUCACAUUCUCAGAUGUUCACACACCGAAAAUCAAUUCCGUUUCCCCUCUCUCAAUAGCCAGCACUGAAGAUACAACUGUUACAAUAUCUGGCUCAGGAUUCCUCAGUAACCCUUCCACCACUGUGGUCAUGUUUGGAGAUACUCGUGUCGAAAUAAUGGAGAGUACUGAGACCACCAUUACAGCUUUGUUUCCUCCCCAACCUGCCAACACUUAUCCUAUAUCUGUUCAAGUUUGUGCUUCCAGUGGAAAUUGCUCCGGAAAUGCUCAAGUGGUUUCGAUUGAUAACACGACAAUAACGAGUGUUCCACGUAUUUUGAGUGUGUAUCCGCCUAGUGGUAGCGUACAAGGGGGUACAGAGGUCACCAUAACUGGGCGUGGCUUCAAUAACAACCCUGACAAUGUUGAAGUGACUAUUGGAACCGAUUGCAAUGUACAGAGUGUUAACUACAGUACAAUAAUUUGCGUCACCUCAUCCAACAAUCCUGGAGAGUCUAUUGUAGAAGUAUCCAUCACUGCACUGUCUACAUUCCCAGACAAGGGGGUAAUGUACACCUACUCAAUGGAGAGCACCCCUGCAAUUAGCGGAAUAUCACCAACGAGUGGGAACACAGGAACGACCAUCACCCUAACAGGCACUGGCCUCGGAGCAGGAACUGGAACUGUGACCUUCGGAGACGCUGAAUGUACUGUCUCGUCAAUAACUGAGACGGACAUAGUGUGCGAAACGGAAAAUAAUUUUGUCGGAACUUACACCCCGAAUGUGGUAAUCGGUGGCAUGGGUAUGGCUGCUGUCGAUAAUGGUGUGAAUUUCACAUAUACACUCAACGCUGUCUCUGUAACCCCUUCGAUGGGAAGUUAUGCUGGUUUGAGUAAUAUUGUAAUCGAAGGUAGCGGAUUCAAUCCUGCUGAUAUUGAUGUCACUGUGUGCGGUCUACCGUGCGAUCUCACCACGGCCGUUCACAGUGUGAGCAGACUAGAGUGCAUACUACCACCAAUGGACAGUAGCUCUAUAACAAGUUCAUCAACCAUGUCAUGUGAUGUGGUCGUUUCGUUAGAAUCCUCCGGAGAAUCUGAUAGCAUUGUCAAUGGCUACACGUAUCGAGGAGAUCUUACUGCUCGAGUGUCGGAUGUGAACCGCACUAGAGGUGGCUCAGCUGGAGGCUCCAUAUUGCUCGUUACUGGACAAGGGUUUAGUGCCGAUGCUAUCGUGACUAUCGCUGGUAGUGUGUGUGUCAUUUCCUCUCAAACGGACACUCAGAUUGUGUGUACGACUGGAGCUAGUGGCCGCAAUGUACGAGCUGUCAUAAUGGUGUUCAUCCAAGGUCAAGGAUUUGCUCUCUCCGAUGUGGAGUUCUGGUAUGUGGAUCUAUGGAGCUCUCCCUUCACUUGGCAAGGCGGUAUUAUUCCAGAGGCAGGUGAUCUUGUGGAAAUACCAAGAGGACAGACUUUAGUACUGGAUGUUGUGACCCCCAUUCUUGGCUAUAUCGUAAUUCGAGGGGGCACGCUGAUUUUUGACCCGGAGAAAGGAGACAAUGAAGUUGGACUGCACACUCAGGGUGGUAUAAUCACGGGUGGUGGUGUGUUCCAAGUGGGAACUGAAGAUGAACCGUAUAGGUCCAAGACUGAGAUUGUGUUAUACGGUCAUGUACUGUCUACUGAGCUACCCGUAUAUGGUGCCAAGACCCUCGCCCUGAGGGAAGGAACGUUGGAUAUUCACGGUCGUACGUUGAACCUCACCUGGACGAGGCUAUCUGCAACUGUGGCUGCAGGCUCUGAUACGAUACUCCUACAAGAGUACAUUGAUUGGGAUGUGGGUGGUACACUGGUCAUAGCGUCCACAAGCUUCAGUCAGAGAGAAAACGAAGAGAGAAUUAUCGAAUCGAUUACGGCUGGUGAACGUGGCUCAAUCAUAAAGCUCACUAAGCCUCUAGACUUUGAACACAUCUCCAUACAGCAAACUAUCGAUGGACGCUAUAUUGACACAAGUGCUGAGGUCGGCUAUCUCACGAGGAACGUUGUGAUUCGUGGUAAUCGACACGAGGAAUGGGUACAGGAGGUACCCGCCUGCCCUGAAGAAUUCAGAACUGGACAAUUCGAUUUACAAACUUGUUUCUUGGGUCGAUUCGGAGCUGAAACUAUCAACGAUCAAUUUGGAUCUCAAGUUAUGAUCCACGCUCCCGCACAAAACGAAGGUCUUGUGGCUGCACGAUUCGGUUACGUUGAAGUUACACACGCUGGACAAGCUUUCCGUCUGGGUAGGUACCCAAUCCAUUUCCAUCUCAACGGCAACGUUACCGGGUCCUACGUGAGGGGGUGUGGCAUUCAUCACACCUUCAACAGAGCUAUAACUAUGCAUUCCGUCGACUACCUACUGGUUGAGAAAAAUGUUGCCUUCAACAUCAUGGGCCACGCCUACUUCACGGAGGACGGCAACGAACAGUUCAACACCAUUCAAGACAAUUUGGGUAUUUUUGUCCGAGCUUCGAGCAGUCUACUAAACGUUGAUAUCACACCCGCCACUUUCUGGGUUGUCAAUCCCAACAACAUUGUACGUAGAAAUGCUGCAGCUGGUGGAACACAUUUCGGCUUUUGGUAUCGCCUUCCCAAAAAUCCCGAGGGUCCUUCGUUUGAUAGCACCAUCUGUCCACGACGUCUCCCACUCGGAGAAUUUUCCGAUAAUUCCGCUCACUCGUUUGGUUGGUACGGACUGUGGGUGUUUAGAGAGUACCAUCCGUCCAUCACUGGUAAUUGUUGGGACUCUAGACCAUCCCCUGCAUAUUACGAUCGUUUCCUGGCAUGGCGGAAUGACAAGGGGGUGGAGUUUGAGCAAGUGGGCUCGCUGCAACUCAGAGACAGUAUUAUGAUGGACAACACUCUUGCAGGAGUUGAGAUCACUGAUGUAUCUUCCGAUUGGUCGGGUGAGAAUGACGAUGGUCCUCUAGUCAAGGACACUCUCAUUGUAGGCUAUAGCGCUGUUACUACGGAAACUCAAGCUUCUACAUGUUCGCAGGCUGGAAUCAAGACCCCCCACAGCUAUUACCUGACAGUGUCAAAUGUGACAUUUGCAAAUUUCGAUCUCCCCAAUUGCUACCCCGUACAGCCAUGCUCGUUCUGUCGACAUCCCUUCCAAGGAGGUUUUGAAACAAGAUUCAAGCAGAUCAAGUACAUAAAUAGAGGGGACGAUAUCACCAAGUGGAACUACUUUCACGAGCAUGCACAGAGAGAUCUCGAUGGUACGCUUUCUGAAAGUGGAGAUCCCUCCGUCUUAGUUGCUUCGAGCAACCUGUAUCGCCAGGGAAACAACUACUGCCGUGACCAUGCACCCUCAAGCACUGGUUCGACUGGUGGUAUGAUUUGCAACGGAGAUAUGGAGUUUGGAAGAAUUGGCGUCCACGAUCCAUUACCUAGCAGUCUCACAUCAACACAGCUCAACUUCACGAGCGAAUAUGGUACUGAUCAACUUCCGUUUGAGUUCAAGCGCUUCAGAGGAGGUCCUGGACAAAUGGCCAUAGUGCCGCUGAAUUCAACGUACCAACUUACCUGGGUGGAUGGGACCACUUUCACAAAUAUCACUUAUUCGGUUGUAACUGCUGGCUUUGAAAUCGAUGACUAUGUUCUGUUUCAGCAGUCGUACCCUCGACCAUUAGACUUCACGAGUGUGCGUGGUGUAACUACGGCAUCAAAUGUAUCUGAACUAGAAACUCCUGCUACUGCCAACACUGGAGAUUGGGCACAACUUGACAACGUCACACUUCUCUAUAUUGUCAAGGGAACGGAACAAUUUGAUGCAGACCAAAGUAUAACUUUCUCGACGUAUAGGUGCUUCUAUGAGAACUGUAUCCCACCCCCACCCCCCACACAGGCCCCCCUACCAACCAUCCCGCCCCCACGCCCCGAGGGCAGACCAGAUGAUGUCCGUAUGUGGUCCAACUCUUCAAUCUGGCCGAAUAACCAGCUACCCCAAGAGGGGGAAGAUGUGUUCAUUGAUGGUAGUCUAUACGUGGUGGUCGAUAUGGCUCUACCGAGACUGGGUAAGCUGAUCAUCAACGGAGGUUUUGAGUUAGACGAUUCCAUAGAUCACAUGAUUGAAGCCGACUUUAUCAUUGUUGAUGGUGGUAGAUUUGCUAUCGGAUAUCCAGAUACCCCCUUUCAACAUGAAGCAACCGUUAUGUUACAUGGAGGCUUGCAAACAGAAGAACUCAACAACCGACUCAAGAGAAAUUUCUUUACUAAUAUUGGAGCAAAGGCUCUCGCUGUUUUCGGUGAUCUGUUUUUGCAUGGAGUCCCCCCCGCUCGUACAUGGACGACACUGGCUGCCACGGCAAUGGCAGGCACUAACAUUCUUCAACUAUCGGACAGUGUAAAUUGGAAAGUGGGUGUUUGGAUUGUCAUCACUUCAACUUCUUACGAUGCUUAUGAGACCGAAGUACUUCAUGUUACUCGCGUGAUAAGUGAUACUGAAAUUGAAAUCAGUGGAAAUCUAGCCAACACACAUUCUGGUGGUUAUUUCAGCACGUUGGGAUCGGAUAACAUGUACACAACCCGUGCUGAAGUAGGUCUACUCACAAGGAAUAUUGUCAUUACUAAUGAUGAUAACGAUCAAGCAGAGACUGAUGCUUUUGGCUGUCGAGUUGUAGUCAGUCAGAGUCAAAAUUUCAUGGGUAAAGCCCAGAUCCAGGGUGUAGAGUUCAGGAGAUGUGGUCAACUCGGAUACACUGAUGACUUUGAUCCUAGAUACUCCCUGGCCAUUCUAAACCUCGAUGAUUCCUACGUUCGAGACUGCAGCAUCAACGAGGGCUACAACGUUGGUAUUGGUGUGUACGAUAGCAGUAGAGUGGUUAUAUCUGGCAAUGUGAUCUAUAAUACGGUCGGUGAAUCCAUAAUCGCUAGAGGAUCUGAACACAACAUCACUGAUAAUCUCGGCUCUCUGUCUCGCUUUAUUGGAACCUUCAGGAGAGUGGAUGAUAAGAAUAUCGACUGGACGUCUAAUUUCGAGGUGACUCAAGUAUCAUCACUACGUCUUACUGGAAACGCGGCAGCUGGAGGUGCAAAGGUUGGAUUCCACACCAACGGAGAGGAUUGUACAGACUCCUCCACUUUCAUCCGUGACAACACCGCCCACUCAGUACUGCACGGUAUUCAUCUUGCCUAUAGCGAUGGACUGAGCUCCGGAUGCUCCCGAUUUUCACAUUUCAACAUUUUCAAUUGCUAUUUCUUUGGCAUAUUCAGCUACUCCAGUUCUGGAAUUCAAGUUUUCGACAGCACUUUUACUAACAACAGGGCUGCAGUGUACUCCAGCACGAUCGGCCCUGGUUCAAUAUCACACAGAAGAGGAACAAAAACCAACAAACUGCAAAAUGUGCUUAUAAUUUCUGCUGGUAUGGAGUUCACUUGCGAUGAUGAGGACAAGCGACCAGCCAUUGCAGAUCAUCCAACCUCACAUGAUGGAAUUCGCUCGAGAACUGGUGGGCAUUUGGGUCUCAUUAUGCCCAACUUCCUGUCAGGGGGUGGUCACUUUCCCCAGACUGCAUGGUGGACAGUCAUUUCAUAUCCAGCCAUCGCAGGUCUCACUGAAAUCGAUCAAGUUACCUUUGCCAACUUCCACAUGCGGUGUGGUACUAAACUAGACACUGUGAUGAUGUCACAUCCUGACUCAGACGACGCCAACCAUCCCAUACACUUGAGCAAUAUUGCAUUUGUGAGUGACACGCGAUUUAAUUCUCCUGUCAACGCUGACGGCAAGUUGUUUGUAAGGAUGCCUAAUAUCGGUAGAGUUAACCCGUCUGAUUGUGUGGAUAUGGAUUGUGAUGGUUUCAAACAAGUGCUCAUCAAAGAUAUCGGAGGCACUUUCACAGAAACGAAUUCUGAUCGAAGUAUUAUUUCAUUUGCUGAGUUUGAGUGGGACGGAAACAUGAACAGAGGAGUGGGUGAUUUCCGUAUCCCCAAGACAAUGCUAACUCGACCGGACGGAUCAAGAAUUCCAGUGGACGAUAUUUACCCCAGACAAGGAAUUCCUCGCAGUUUAACGAGCAUUGAUGACACACAAACUUGCGAAUUCAACUCAGUUUGGAAUAUGUACGUGUGUCGCGAUAUUGAGCAUAUUAUGCUGGUACUAGAAAGUCUAGACGCAGACACUGAAGUUAGGAGGCUCUCUCCCAUUGGAAUCGGCGCUAACGGCUAUAUCAACCUGAUCAAUGGGCCGCAAGAUCACGGAUGGUGUGGAGGGUACACUUGUCAGGAGAGAAUCUCUACCUUCUUCUCAAUAGUAGCCACUGGACUGCACUAUACAAUUGCUCUGACUAGUACCAAUCCUCAGGACUUUGCACUGUACAUGUUAAAUGCUAGAGAGGACCAGUCGAUUGUGACGUGCCUCAUUUACACUAACCCACAACGUCUUGACGUGUACCAUAAUGGAGAUUAUGUGGUGCCUAAAAAUGCAGAAAUAAUGGAAGAUGGCAAUCUACGUUAUCUUGAAGCGACUUCUUCUAGUCAAUUCGUGCCACUAGUAACAGAUCCUGCUGGCUCUAACUAUUACGAUCGUAACACCAAACAGCUUUGUAUCACGCUCAAGGGUGAUGGCACGUACAGUAUUGAUACCACACCUGUCAUUGUACUCUCAAUCAACGUGCAAGUAACAGUGGACACUUUCUUUGAUGAUGCAACCAUUGUACGAAAUAUUGCUUUACUGUUAGGUAUCCCUGCCAACAGGAUAAGAGUCGUCAGUGCUACUAGGGAAACGUCUCGAAGAAAGAGACAACAAGACAUGGGCAUAGUAGACACGGCAAUUGAAAUUGAAAUUGGUGAUCCACCGCAAACUAUGAUUGUAGAAGAAACGCCCACGCAGUCUGUCAAUAUGACUGGUACUGGAAUGAACAUGACUGAUUCUGGAACCGGACCGAAUUCUACAUUAUCAAUCCAAGAUUUAGUAGAUCUCUCAGAGCAAGUGGUAAACAUCGUACAAACUGGAGAGAUUAUAACAGCACUAAACGUAUCCGCUAACCUCACUGGUGCAACCAUCAAUGAACCUGAGGCCCCACCUGUCGAUGAAACGGGUGGAGUUAGAGCCACACCCAGCACUGGUGGUCCGCAACCUGAAGAGUUCAUAAACUCCACAGAGGAUGAGCCGAUGACAUUCUCUGAUAUCCAGAGAAUAGAAGAUGAAGCUGAACAGAAUGAAACAGUGGAUGCCGUCUUCUCCAUACCCACUUCUCUUCAGAUCGUUUCCGAGCCCGGUAAUGGAGCUAAUGUUGUGGAGGGCGUGCGUGUGGGUGGCUAUGCCCCAACGGUGAGGAUGCUUGAUAAUAAUGGACAGGUGGUGGUCAAUCUAGGCCUGCAAAUACCCUGGGUGCUCACAAUUGAAAUGAUUUCUGGACCAGAUUUUGCUUUUAUUGUUGAAUACAAUGCUAACUUCACUCUUGGUGUAGCCACAUUCGCAGACCUCAUAUUCAGCCACCCUGGAGAGUAUGUGUUAUCCUACAGAGUCAGUUAUCCGGACACCGCCAAUUUUGGAAUAUCGUCCUCUCAGAGUAUCAGUGUACAACGUAGACAACUUGGCCUGGUGGUCAACCAGCAACCCCUACUCGGUAACACCACCUUUAUUCUCUACCCCUAUCCCAGUGUGAGCCUUGUGGACAUGAGCAGUGGCAGUGUUGUCGAGGAGAGAGGAUGGAGGAACAACAAUUGGACUGUCGUUGCUAGUGUCAGAACAGAUGCCGAUCGUGGCAAAGAAGUCGGGAGAUAUGAAGAAACCAUCGAAGGAACUUACGCUGUUUUCAGAGACAUUGAGAUAAAAUCUGCCGGCGAUUACGUGCUUUUGUUUGAAGCAUAUGCCGAACCUGCAGAAGCGGAUCUAAGGUCGACAACUGUAUACUCUGACCUCUUCACUAUUACCCAGCGUCAAAUCACAAAGUUAGAUAUCACUUAUGAUGUAGAUUUCAACACGACCAUUGGAGAUCAAAGAGAUGCAUUCAUCACUGCAUUCCUGGUCAAAUUCCGAUCUUCCUAUCCUCAAGUUGAGAUUAUUAACGUGACCCUCACAGAAGGUAGCAUCAUUGUUGGUGUCACAGUAACAGCAGUGAACCCAGUACAACUAUCCUCUCUUAUCGCACACUCUACCGCAAGCUCUAAUUUUGACAAUCUCCAGUUUAUUUUCAACGGUACAACACUGACACCAUUCAACGUGACUCAAGACCCAGCGUUCCCAGUGGUGAUCCCAACACUACCACCGAGCAUCCUUGAAGAGCACUUUGUACUCAUACUAGCCAUUGUGAUACCUGGUGUGGUGCUCAUUGUGUCAUUCUUAUUUAUGCUGGUCGUCUGUUGCUGUGUGUGUCAUCACAAGAAGAACAGGAAAUCACUUAAACUUGAGAACAAGGUGUCCUCACAUGAUUCAGAGGAAAAAUACGUAUCCAAUAACCGCCCACCUUCCCCCGGCUCUGUCACUGACUACUAUCUCCUCCCAGACAGAAAUGGAAAAGAUGUCGACACCCAAUCCUUCGAAUCCCACGAGCUCAACUCUCUGGCCUCCACUCCAGUUAGUCAGAGGAAGACAAACGUCCUAGUCUCUGAGAGUGUGGAUGUCAAAGUCAGAGCAAAAUCUAUCAAGACUCCGGACGUGUUCUUUGCCAAUCCCAGUGCCGAGGAGGCACUAAAGGAUGAGAAGUUGGAGACACUAGAUACCAAUUUUGAUGAAGUGGUUCAUUUACCAACCACCAGCCAAAAUAUCUACUCCACCAAUACCAGCGGCAGUACCAACAACAAUACUGUAGCAUAUGAGAGCAGGACUCCCUCUGCUGCCACUGUUGCCCACAGCCUGCUCCCACCUCCCUCAGCCACGCCCUCACAGUCCUCUGAGAGUACAAAGGUCAAGAAGUACGAGAGCAUGAAGGUGGAAGACAUUGAGAACUAAAUCACUGACACUUGCAAAAAAAAACAUUAGUAGUGUACUCUAUUUAUUCUUGUAUGAAAGAGCAAUGUUUUUUUGUCGUAGCGAUUAUCUUAGAAUCUGAUAAUCUAAUGUCUAUGUAUUAUUAAUUUUGUGUAAAAUUUAAUUAGCUGCAUGUAUCUGUGUGCAAGACUCCUAAGCAGUUCGACUGAUACUAUAUAAAUUAUAAAUUGUACAGCUAUAGCUAUAAUAUUUAUUAUACAUGUGUACGCGUGUUUUUCAACACACUCAAGAUCAAUUCAACGUACUCUA